UCUUCAACGACCGAUUUCGAGAACGACCACUGCCAACGUUGCUGCGCAGCUGCGCCACGCGGGUCAGUCUCAACAUGGAGGUGAGUAACGCGUCUCGCGUAGGAGUCAUAGGAGUCAUACACGCAGAGCAUCGGCUAAGCCUCGUUGUCCCAUUGCCUAUAACUUUGGAUUCCGUUUCAUCUCAGCCUUUCUUGCUGCUUUGUUUGCACGAAAGAAACUAUCGAAACUAAAGUGGCAUCUGGGUGUUCAGCAAUACGUGCCGUUGAUCCUCGACCAACUAUGGAGCUCCCAAACGAGUCAACACUCUACCCAAAAAUCACGAACCACAUCACAGACAUCAUCAAAACUUUGCAACAUCUGAACCAAAACCCCGAGAACCUCGAGGAGGAAGUCCAUUUAGAGCCAAUUUCCAUUGUUGGCAUGGUCAAGCUCCAUGGCACGCACGCAGACGUACUCGUCUACAAUGACGACAGUAUCGUCUUCCAGUCGCGCAACAUCGUCCACCUACAAACCUCAAAAGACAACCAAGGUUUUGCAAAAGCGAUGUCGAGCAAGACAAAGACCCUCCUGCGGCUACGCAACCUAUACAUAGCGCGCUGGACGCAGCUAAAUCCAAGCGCGACGCUGGACCCAACACACCCAGUUCUUAUAGCAGGAGAAUGGAUCGGUAGCAACAUUCAAAAAGGCGUCGCUAUUUCCCAGCUCUCCAAACGUUUCGUCAUCGUCUCAGUUAAUAUCAACGGGAAAUGGGUGAGGGAUUCAGAUUACAUCGCCAUCACAGUACCAAACCAAGACAUCUACAACGUUUCCCGCGGUGGGCGAUUCCGUGCAACACUGUACCCUGAUGACCCUCAACGAACGCAGACUGAGUUGGAAAUAAUGGCUGAACAAGUCGCCGCAAGAUGUCCUUUUGCAGCGACUUUUGGAGUAGAUGGCGAAGGCGAGGGGCUAGUAUGGAAACUUGCUCCCGCACAAUACAACGCCAACCCAGCACUUUGGUUCAAGACCAAAGGCGGCAAGUUCAAGCCUACAUUUGCACACCCGCCGAAGAAGCAAUCCGAGACUGAAGAGGAGAAACGGCAUGUUGCUGCGGCAGCGGCGGAAAUAUGGUGCUCGGAGCAGCGUUUGGAACAGGGAUGGGAUAUCUUGAGAGAAAAAAGCUUUGAGCAAGGUAUGAGGGGGCUGGGGGAAUUUUUGAAGUGGAUGCAAAGGGACAUUCUGGUUGAGGAGAAGACGUAUAUUGUGGAGCACAAGGUGGAUGAGGCGAUGUUGAGGAUUGAAAUUGCAAAGAUUGCGAAGCCUUGGUUCAUGGCGCAGAUAGCGAGCAGUCGGGAUUGACAGAUUGACGCUUUGGGUUGUCAAGUAAUGUUACGAGCUUACAUACAUCAUGUAGGUCAUUGAGAAAGUGAGUCUCCUUAGAUCUUCAAUACAAUAGACAAAAAGAACACAUGUAUCCUUAGUCUUAGUCUGUAUGCCUGCUCUCUACUCAGUCUUCGAAAC